GUUAAUCUGUUCGGUUAUACAUGUAGACAUUGAAGACGACGCAACUGUACUUGAUAGCGACUACGACUGUAUUGGGAGUUUGGUCGAAGAAGUUUCGGCCUACAAUGCCGAAUCGGAGAAGGACACUUUUGUCGGACGACUGUCACAAUUUAAGCUGAAUGGUUUAGACAUCAUCAAAAUCAUGGACGACAUCGCAAAUUACAGGUCGAAGGAAAGUUCCUUCGGAUCCUAUGACCCUGGCUUGCUUACACUAAUGGAUAAUUGGAAGGAAAGUAUCGAAGUGACGGCUUUAACUAUGAAAACUGAAAGAAUUAGGGCCUUUCCACUACAGUUCCAAGGUAGUGGAGGAUUAAUGGAGUACCGAUUAAGGCAGGAGCCCUGUCUCAGCGUCCGACUAUCCUUGAAGACAUCGAUGAGCAAUGGAAUUAUCCUGGCUGCGACAAACUUCAAGGAGGAUUUCGUUGGAUUGGAGCUAGCCGAUGCUCAUUUGCGUGCAAAGUAUCAAUAUGAUUCAAACCGAGGGCAGUUAGCUUUCGAAAAAACGGCUCCUCUGAACGACACACAAUGGCAUGACAUUAAAGUUCAGGUGUGUACGGUGGACAUGUUUACGCUGGAGAUUGAAUUCGAUGGCGCAAAGCUGACUCCACUGGACCUUCCCAUAGGUCAGGCGGACGCGUCCCGUCAUGCCUUUGAAAGCCUCUUCCUAGGGGGAAUUCCUAUUGAGAAUGCAAAAGAAUUAAGGAGUAGCUUUCGACCGACUUCUGAGUACGAUGGGUGUCUAGCUGACAUAGAAAUCGUUCAAAAGUCGACGGGCUCACCCUUCGUCAUAGAAUCAAACGUCUUUCUUCCUCCAAAAAAUCCUCUUCGAACUGCCAAAUACACGAGAGGCAUCAAAUUGGGUUGCAGCCUCAUUGAGCAAAAAACCAAUGAGGGCGCCUGGAAGGCCGGCAGCGCUCCCAGCCAAUGCCGACCUGGGGCCUGUGGAUUUGGUGGCCGCUGCGUCCAACAACUUGAUACGUACUUUUGCGACUGUACCAUGUCUGGGUUCAGUGGACCAGUUUGCACUGAUGGUACUCUUUUUAAACUCUCCACAAUUGCAACGGCAAUUAAGUACUCAAGAAAUAUGGCGGGAUGUGCUAUUUUUGAGUUCAGUCCUCUUCGUAAUACAUCACGGGACACAAUAUCCUUCGGCAUUCAGACAGUUCAAAAGUCACGGGCAACUUUGCUUCACAUCACAAGCCACAGUAAAUCCCUUGACUUCCUCAGACUCGAGUUGGUGCCGUUCAGAAAGGUGUUCGUUUUACGCUUGACGUACAACAUGGGAAGCGGAAUCCAGAUAUUGCAGGAGUCUAACGUCGAUAUAGUUGAUGGGUUGUUCCACGUCGUUCGGGUGAUCCGCAACAAUGCGUAUUUGCAACUGCAAGUCGACUCGGAAGCCGUUCUUGAAUCAACAUCAGAGGGAUCUAGUGGGAACCACUUCAAUGAAGUAUACCAAGUUUACGUGGGAUGUGAUCCCACAAUAAUGUCAGUGAGUGUAGCGAACUACGUUGGACCAGCCUUCGUCGGCCACAUCAGUGGUGUUAACAUAAAUGGCGUCUUUCUGGCCGACCUUCUGCUUGGCGAAACUAUCAGUGGAAUCGUCUAUAAGGGCGGGAAGGAUAUCUUGAUUGAUCCAACGUUUACCCCAAAGGUUCGACAAAUAGCAAAUUUGCCCGCAAAUGAUAUGGGAGCUGAACAGGUUCGAAGCAUGACUCAGCACCACCAAGCUCCAGCGAUUGCAGACACAGGUAGCGUUGAAAUCGGCGGAAAAUUGUAUUCCUCUGAGUCUGAGGAACUUUUCCCACCUUGGAGCCAUGACCGUGCACCCCAAGACGAUGCUAUUCGAUUCAACGGCGCGGACAACAGUGUCAAUGUCGAGGAUCUCUCCGAAUCCGAAGGAAAUGGUCAAGUGGGAAUUGCGAAUUACCUCCCAUCUCUCAAUACCUGGCUUCUUUUAGCUGGUUGUGGCGCUAUGCUCCUUCUUAUAGCCUUAAUCAUUGGCUAUGCUGUUUAUAAAUUCCGCCGACGAAAUGAGGGUUCCUAUAACGUGGAGGAAAAUAGGACAUUCAUAAAUCAGCGCUCCACUUCAACGCUCGCACCAACACCACUUUUACCUCCCUCUCUAGAAACAGCAACCGAACUAGCCCCUCUUCGAAGGUGCACCCCGGUCGAAAUCGAAUUCCCAAAUAAAGAGUGGUAUGUAUAG